GGAAUAUUCUCUAAAUUGAUGCUGGUAGAUUAUGUUCGGCAGAAUUAUUUUUUAUCUCCCUCUUAGAACUUUGAGGUCACAUUGAGCCAAGCUCAGCUCACACCAAAGGAUCCAGAGAAGACAUCAGGAGUUCUGAUCAAUGUUGCUAAACACCUUUCCAACCUGAAGUUCAGAGUGUGGGAGAACAUGCAGGAGAUUCUCCAGUACACCCCUGUUACUCUGGACCCCAACACUGCACAUCCAGACCUCCACCUGUCUGAUGAUCUCAGUGCUGUAGAAUUUAGAAAACAGGGACCAUCACUUCCUGAUAACCCAGAGAGAUUUGAUAAGUGUGCAUGUGUUCUGGGUUCUGAGGGUUUUAACUCAGGGACACACUGCUGGGAUGUUGAGGUUGGAGACAGUGACUACUGGGAACUAGGUGUGAUAACAGAGUCUGUAAAAAGGAAAGGAAUCUCUUUCAGGGAUUCAGUUUGGAGUCUGGAGUACAGUAAAAGCAGUGGUACAUUCUUCAUACGUGGCCCAAGAGAGCCAGAUCACUGUGCCUCAUCUAAAGAGCAGCUGCAGAGGGUCAGAGUGAAGCUGGACUGGGACAGGGGGAAAGUGACAUUCACUGAUCUUGCAAACUGUACACAACUGCACACAAUUACAGACACAUUCACUAAUAGAGUUUUACCGUUUUUCUGUAACUGGGAUGACUGUGCUCUGAAGAUCUUACCAGUGAAGACGUCAAUAAUGGAGGAACAGCACAGUGCAGGUUAAAGUCACAGUAAAAUGUAUUUGUCUACCAUAACAUGACACAUUUCUGACUAAAACAGGAGUCUGAGUGGGAAAUAGCGUAUAGCUGGGUCUUGAUUUUAUCCACUGGGAACAACAGUGGAUAAAAUCAAGCAUUUAAAACAUAUUUGUAUGCUUCAGUCAUACCCUGGAAUCCUAUUCUACCCAAUGGUGGACAGUAACUAAGUAAAUGUAAUUUGUUACUGUACUUAAGCAGUUUUUUUGUGUUUCGGUACUUUAUUGAAGUAUUUCUAUUUUGGGCGACUUUUUACUUUCACUCCACUACAUUUCAAGGAACAUCAAUCAGGGAACAGCGCGCUUUGUUUUGAGCUUGUUUUGACCUGUUGGUCAUACCGACCCAGUGCAAGCAUGCAGUUCAACGUCAGUGCAGCAGUGUAAA